AUGGAAAUCGAUGGCAACACUCUGGUGUUCAUAAUAGUGAUCCUUUUCCUAUUUUUCUCCACACCCGGUGGUGAUGGUGUAUCCUCUCAAUAUGAGUUCAAUCAACUCCAGAGACUGAAGCAACAGUUCCGAACAGAACAUGGUGCAUUCCUCAAUAUGACAUACACAGAUAGUUUCCGAAAUAUUACUGGGUUCAAACUAAGCUACCAAGACAUGCUGAAUAAUCCUCUCCAAAAUGCCACUUACCCAUUACCAGGAAAGGAGUAUGAUCGAUGGUUUCCCAACCAAAACUACAUGGUUUUGCCCAACGAAAUCAUAGACGCUAUAAAUACUGAAGUCUGGAACACUUCAAAUGAUGACACCUCCAACCUUUUCCCCCCCAAUAUUACCAGUACUCUGUUAGGUAAAGUUGACCUUGUAUCAAAUAAAAAAUACGAAAAGAUAAGAAUGCCCGUACCCAGAUUCUAUGAACCGGCAACCGAUUUUUCAGAGGAUAUUCCCCCUGAAGGUGAAACGUACUGGUCAGAGUGGCCCUCCUAUGGGGAACUCCAUAAUGUGAGUUUCCAGCAUGGAGAAAUAGCUAUUCAAAUCACUCAUAUGAACAACCUUCAGGAUAGCAAUAAUUAUUUGAGGAGAAAUUUCAUAAAUAAGAAAAAUGACCGUUGGAAAUUAUUGAAUCUUCAGAUUGAUUUCUCAGACAAGGCUGAAAAGGAAAAGCAUUCCAUUUCCUCAAAGGCUGUGUAUGAUAUCCAACGUGGUAGAAUUCUCUCUAUAUCUCAGAGUUCUAAAUUUCAUUCAUUGUUCGCCCUUCCUCAUUACAUGUCCUUUCAGAAUGAUUAUAAUGAGAAAAUAUUCAAUGAUGUCAAGGAAGUCGUUAAUGAAUUUUGGAAUUUCACGGAUUAUGCAGAUGUUCUGACCAUGAAGGACGUACAAGAUGCGUAUAAUAAUGCCAACCUUAAAUGUGAAUAUUUGACUUUUCUUCAAUUGGAACCAUGGAACCAAUACACAAGAGACCAGAUCAAGUUAAUAGACGAUGAAUUGAAUUGGCCCUUGGGGCGUCCGGCAAAUCUGUCUAGUUUACCGCCUCUAAAUGUUAUCUCUGGAUUAUUGUAUUCUCCAGAUUGCGGUGUAAGAUUAGAGAUUCAUAAUGUGAAGGGUACACGGUACGAAUUAAAAAUUAUGUCGAUUAGAAGACAUUUACUGUUCGGUAUUGCACUUUUUGCAGCCCAGAUAUAUUUACUGCUGACUCAGAUGCACCAUACAAACACCCCAUCCAUGGUCAACAAAAUUUCGUUUUAUUGUUUCUCAAUGAUAAACUUAGUGGACGGCUCUUUGGCCACUUUGUACUUUGUCGCUGCUAGUGUCGUUCCCGAAUUGUACUUACCCCUGGUGAUAAGUGCUUUCUCGUGCUUUAUCUUGGCAUCUAUUUUUGAAAUACGUUAUUUGAUAUCGAUUUACGCUUCGCAGGUUAACGAACAAAACGUUGGAAUUAUCAAUCUAUUGCGUGGUAACACUGGUACAUAUGAUGAGAAUAGGCCGAGACCCGCAUUCAUCCCUGACGAAGGUUCCAUCGGUGGCUCAUUAUACGGUAGGUUUUUCUUUAUGCUAAUAAUUUUCACAUUCUUAAUAUUGAGUUCAACAUCAUGGCCCCGUCAACUAAGGAUGGUAUUUGAGUAUAUCCUUAUCUUUAUAUUAAAUUCCUACUGGAUACCCCAAAUUUUCCGUAACGCUGUUAAGGGUAUCCCUUCAAGAAGAGAAAGAACAAGAUCUAGCAUUGGGGGGAAUAGAAGUCAAAACAAAAUGCCCUUAUUGUGGAGUUUUGUUAUAGGAACAACAAUAAUUAGAAGUUUGCCCGUUGUGUAUGUUUUCACUUACUCUUCUAACGUCUUUAGGCACCAUAAAGAUGUUCAUUUCGUUGUAUUUUUAUCACUGUGGCUACUGUUUCAAAUUAGCAUCCUAUAUUCUCAAGAUAUAUUGGGCUCGCGCUGGUUCUUGCCCAAGCACACAAUUCCGGAUGGAUACUCGUAUUUCAAGCCUCUUUCAAACGAAUAUAUAUCGGAGCAUGGUGGUGGAACCGCUGAAAACACUGUUGAUUGCGCGAUAUGUAUGUCAGAUGUCCCAAUUUACAUAGAAGAAAUUCCAGAAACUCAUAAAGUGGAUCAGCACUCUUACAUGGUAACGCCUUGUAAUCAUGUGUUUCAUACUUCGUGUCUCGAAAACUGGAUGAGUUAUAAAUUACAAUGCCCUGUGUGUAGAUCACCGUUACCUCCUUUGUAG